AUGGCAAGGGGAGCAAAGGGGGGUACGAAGCGGUCGCGCAAGGAGGCCAGCGACAAUAUUGUUGAGGAUCUCGACCUCGACAUUGGGGACGUCGAUGUGCACGUUAACGACGACGAUGUCGCGCACAACCGCUGCAGCCGCAAGGCCACCCGAGAGGAUGGUGUGGAGGAGGAGGAUAUGUUCGCCGUCCUGCCCUCGGACGCGCACCGUCUCGACGGAUACGGCGACGACGAGAACGGCGGAUUCCGGGAAGAGGAAGAGUUAGCGGUGAUGACGGAGAAAGGGCUGCGCAAGAAGACAACUGAGGCAGACUUCGACGUGGCCGGCGUGUCGGUGGCUCUCGUGUCUUCGCGGCGUGAUGCCGUGGCCAAGAAGAGUUCUUUGGACGCGCUCGAUGCUGCGCCAGUAAUCGAGGCCGUCGAGCGCGACUUUGCUGCUCUCACCACGGCAGAGCGGCUGGCGGUGCUCAAGAAGGAGUCACCGGAGCUGCUGAAGCUGCUGCUGGACCUCAAGACCUACAUGGCCGAGGUCAAGACACUCGCGCAGCCGCUUCACGAGCUGCUCUACGAGCGUAAGGUAUCCCCCUCGGACAAGAAUCUUGUCUCUUUCUUAGAAACCAAGGUUCAGCUCAUGCUGAGCUACUGCAUGCACGUAACCUUCUACCUCCUGCUCAAAUCUGAAGGCCGCAAGGUAGCCGGCCACCCCGUGAUUGACCACUUGGUGGAGAUUCGUGUGUACCUGGAGAAGAUGUGGCCUCUGGAGGAGAAGCUGCAGUACUCGCUGAACCGCCUCAUCAGCGGCAAGUCCACAGCAGCUGCACACCUAAACGAGCUUCGCCCGCUGCAGUCCGGCGAGGGUGGCGCCUUCGAGUCCUCUCGCGCCAUGCAGAACACCGAGGCCCGCGAGCGCCGCCAGCAAUUGCGCCACAUGAAGGAGGCAGAGGAGCUGGAGCGGGAAGAGCAGGCUGCCAUGACGCGUGUGCGCACCAAGAAGGCGUCCGCGCUCAACAACAGCAACACCGCCAGCUCCACCAUAGCACCCAUCAGCUACCAGGAGGACGAGGACCAGUUCUUCUCUCGCAUUGCCGGCGGCGCCGACGAGAACGGCGGGGGUGACGACGAAGGAGAGGGCGAGGAAGAUCUUUCUCUCAUGGAGGUUCUGCGCCGCCGCCAGAAGAAGGCUGGGGACGUGCUGAGCCGCCAGCGCACAUCGAAGCGGCCAUCAAAACCCGCCGCAGUAGACUCCGAUGACGGGGAUGACGAGGACGAUUUGAAUAAGAUGGGCGAAGUGGACGGAGACGAGGACGAAAUGGACCUCGGCGGCGCGGACGACGGAGACAACGGCAGCGAUGGGGACUACGAGGCGGUGUGGGAGGAGGAGCGUGCCCGUCAGGCCGCCGAGUCCUCUCGAAAGGCCGUUUCUGCCGCGGCUGCCUCGGCGCCCCGCCCUGCUCAGGAGGUGGUCGAUCGUCGCAAGGUCGGCGAGAAGAUCAAGUCACACCGUGGACUCACGAGGGCCCGCCCGAAAGACCGCAAGAACCCACGCGUCGCCCAGCGCCGCAAGUACGAGCGCGGCAUGCAGGUGCAGAAGUCCCAGUCGCGCAGUUUCCAGCCGAAGCCGGAGGGUGAGUUCGUCGGCGUACGGGACAUGCGGCCAGGCGUGGUGCGCGGCACCAAACUGUGA